GUGUGUGUGUGUGUGUGUCCGUCCACGUAGGGGCGGAGUGGUUGUGCAUUACAUGUGUGUGUCAGUGCCUGGGGAUGAGUCUCUUGUGUGUCUGCCUGUGUGUGGGCAGUGUGUGCGCAUAGGGGUUUGCUGUGUGCGCGCAGAUUUGGAGAUGUGUGUGUGUGUGUCUGGGUGUGUGUGUGUGUCCCCAAGCAUGUGUGCGUUUGUCUCUGAGUGUGAUGAGUGUGUAAAUGCCUGUGUAUGUGUGUCUGGGGGGGGUCUAGGUCUGUGAGACUUGUCAGUUUGUCUCUGGUUUGGUGUGAGCAUGCAAAUAAGUGUGUAUGUGUCAGCGUGUAGGCCUGCGUGUCUGUCUCCUCGGGUUGUCUGUGUAUGUGUGUGAGUGAGUGUGUCUUUGUGUGUAGGCCCCAGGUGCGCGUAUUUGUGUGGCAGCGUGUUUCUCUGGCUUGUCCCGUGUGUGCGCGUGUAAAUGAGUGUGUGUUUACACAUGUCUGGGAGUGUGUGGUUGUGUGUUCCCAUGUGUUUCUCUCUGGGUGUGUUGAGUGUGCACUGAGCCUGUCGGCGUGUAUGUCUGCGGUGGAGGCGUCCUGACGUCUUUUGUGGGUCUGCAGUGCCCAAGCGCCUGUCUCUGGUUGCGCGGGAUGUAUGUGUCGCUGCCAGUGUGUGUUUGUGUGUCUGGGUGUGGGAGUGGCGCCGCCCACUUCCCCUGAGUUGGUCACUGAGGCCACAGCCGUCUGUCUCAGGGUGUCUCCAGCGGUCGGGCUCAGGGCCUUUAAUUAGCGGCCGGUUGUGGGGGACCAGCCCGGGCGCCGGCCCCCUCCUCCCGCAGGCCCCGGCUGGGCCUUUGUCUGCUCUCCGGCAGGGGCUGCCUCCUGCCGGCCGGGCCAGAUGUGCAGCCGGGAGGAGGCCGGCAAGCUGGGGCCUCUGCCUGAGUAGACGCGGCCUUGGCCUCCACGGGGGACCGUCCGUCGGCCCUGUCCGCGCAGCCUGGCCGGAGAGGUCUGGGUGUGGAGCUGAGGGUCCCUUCAGGAUCCCCGGGAUGGGAUGGGACGGGACAGAGCCUCUGUUUCUAAGCCACUUCCAUUUCCCGGAGGCAUAUCCUUCUCCAGGCCUGGCACCCUCCCCCACGCUGGCCACCUCCCUCCUGCCUUCGGGGAGGAGGGGCUGGAGGAAUGGCCAGGCCUGGGUACACACACACACACACACACACACAGGGUCACACACAUACCAUAAUGCACAUGGAGUCACACGCUCGUAGUCACACACAGGGUCACAGACUCACAUACAUGCUGUAACGUACAUGCAGUCACACACAUACGCCACAGCGCACGUUCCUCACUGACGUCCUGUUGUCCACCACCAUCUCUGUCCCUGAGCCUCUUUCAAGCUUCAUCUUCUGCCCCAGACCCACUGCCUUGUUCAUGUCCCCCCACCACCCGGUGCCCUGGGCUGUGUCACACCUCUCCACUACCCUGUGGGCUGGACCCCAGCUCAGACACCUGUGAGCCUUCUGCAGAUCCCCUUCCUCCCCCCACCCCAUACACUGUGUGCAGGUGAGUCCCCUUCCCCUGUCCUCACCCCCCAUGCUGUCCCAAGCCUUGUCCCUCACACCCCAUCUGAGCCCAAAGCACAGAAUGGGGGGUGAGGGUUUUGGGAGGAGCGCCUCACUUCAGAGGACAGUGAUGAGGACUGUGAGGGUCUUAGGGGGACCGGGACAGACUCAAAGACACUCUAGACAAGACCAGAGAGAGCCCCUAAAGGAGGAGGACAAGGCACCAGGCCUGGCAGUGCAAAAACAGGAGAGGAGGGAGGGAGCCAAUGGGAGAAAGGGGUGAGGUCCCUGCUUUACUUGCAAUGAGAAUGUUGCUACCUUUCAGGGGUGGCUUAGGGCAGGAGCAGGGGUCAGAGGUGCCCAACCAAGAAGGGCCUUGAUCUGGGAGUUGGUUGAUACCUCCAAAGAAGGAAUAAGGGAAAAGCAGCAAGAAGAGAGGGAGAGGAAGUGGGUUUUUUUUGGAGGGGGUUCAUUAGGAACAGAAGAAAGAAAAAGUCGAAGAGGAGGUUCUCCAGGGGCAGAGAGAGGGUCCGAAUUUCCUCAGCGAUCCCUCAACUACAGACCCAGCUCAGUGCUGAAGACCAGCCCAGCUCCUCCUCUUUGACCCCUCCCUGCCCAGGCUCCAAAGAAGAAGAAACAAAGACCGAGAGAGGCCCAGGUGCAGGGAGCAGGCGAGGGAAGGAUCCGUACAGGAGCCCAACACCACUCCACCAACUGAAGCCCCCAAAAGGAGCCCGGUGAUGCUGCGCAGGCUGUGAACAGGGGAGGCGGCACUGUGGGGGCUGCCGGCAGCCGGGGCUGGGGAGAGACAUGUGGACACGUGGCCUCUAUGGCUCCCGCCUGCCAGAUCCUCCGCUGGGCCCUCGCCCUGGGGCUGGGCCUCAUGUUCGAGGUCACGCACGCCUUCCGGUCUCAAGAUGAGUUCCUGUCCAGUCUGGAGAGCUAUGAGAUUGCCUUCCCCACCCGCGUGGACCACAACGGGGCACUGCUGGCCUUCUCACCACCUCCUCCCCGGAGGCAGCGCCGGGGCACCGGGGCCACAGCCGAGUCCCGCCUCUUCUACAAGGUGGCCGCACCCAGCACCCACUUCCUGCUGAACCUGACCCGCAGCUCCCGUCUACUGGCAGGGCACGUCUCCGUGGAGUACUGGACACGGGAGGGCCUGGCCUGGCAGAGGGCCGCCCGGCCCCACUGCCUCUACGCUGGUCACCUGCAGGGCCAGGCCAGCAGCUCCCAUGUGGCCAUCAGCACCUGUGGAGGCCUGCAUGGCCUGAUUGUGGCAGACGAGGAGGAGUACCUGAUUGAGCCCCUACACGGUGGGCCCAAGGGUUCUCGGGGCCCAGAGGAAAGUGGACCACAUGUGGUGUACAAGCGUUCCUCUCUGCGUCACCCCCACCUGGACACAGCCUGUGGAGUGAGAGAUGAGAAACCGUGGAAAGGGCGGCCGUGGUGGCUGCGGACCUUGAAGCCGCCGCCUGCCAGGCCCCUGGGGAAUGAAACAGAGCGUGGCCAGCCAGGCUUGAAGCGAUCCGUCAGCCGAGAGCGCUACGUGGAGACCCUGGUGGUGGCUGACAAGAUGAUGGUGGCCUAUCACGGGCGCCGGGAUGUGGAGCAGUACGUGCUAGCCAUCAUGAACAUUGUUGCCAAACUUUUCCAGGACUCGAGUCUGGGAAGCACCGUUAACAUCCUUGUAACUCGCCUCAUCCUGCUCACGGAGGACCAGCCCACUCUGGAGAUCACCCACCAUGCCGGGAAGUCCCUGGACAGCUUUUGUAAGUGGCAGAAAUCCAUCGUGAACCACAGCGGCCAUGGUAAUGCCAUUCCAGAGAACGGUGUGGCUAACCAUGACACAGCAGUGCUCAUCACACGCUAUGACAUCUGCAUCUACAAGAACAAACCCUGUGGCACACUAGGCCUGGCCCCAGUGGGUGGAAUGUGUGAGCGCGAGAGAAGUUGCAGCGUCAAUGAGGACAUUGGCCUGGCCACGGCGUUCACCAUUGCCCAUGAGAUCGGGCACACAUUCGGCAUGAACCAUGACGGCGUGGGAAACAGCUGUGGGGCCCGUGGUCAGGACCCAGCCAAGCUCAUGGCUGCCCACAUUACCAUGAAGACCAACCCAUUCGUGUGGUCAUCCUGCAGCCGUGACUACAUCACCAGCUUUCUAGACUCGGGCCUGGGGCUCUGCCUGAACAACCGGCCCCCCAGACAGGACUUUGUGUACCCGACAGUGGCACCGGGCCAAGCCUACGAUGCAGAUGAGCAAUGCCGCUUCCAGCAUGGAGUCAAAUCGCGUCAGUGUAAAUACGGGGAGGUCUGCAGCGAGCUGUGGUGUCUGAGCAAGAGCAACCGGUGCAUCACCAACAGCAUCCCGGCCGCCGAGGGCACGCUGUGCCAGACGCACACCAUCGACAAGGGGUGGUGCUACAAACGGGUCUGUGUCCCCUUCGGGUCGCGCCCGGAAGGCGUGGACGGAGCCUGGGGGCCGUGGACUCCUUGGGGCGACUGCAGCCGGACAUGUGGCGGCGGCGUGUCCUCUUCCAGCCGUCACUGCGACAGCCCCAGGCCAACCAUCGGGGGCAAGUAUUGUCUGGGUGAGAGAAGGCGGCACCGCUCCUGCAACACGGAUGACUGCCCCCCUGGCUCCCAGGACUUCAGAGAAAUGCAGUGUUCUGAAUUCGACAGCAUCCCUUUCCGUGGGAAAUUCUACACAUGGAAAACGUACCGGGGAGGGGGCGUGAAGGCCUGCUCGCUCACGUGCCUAGCGGAAGGCUUCAACUUCUACACGGAGAGGGCGGCAGCCGUGGUGGAUGGGACACCCUGCCGUCCAGACACGGUGGACAUUUGCGUCAGUGGCGAAUGCAAGCACGUGGGCUGCGACCGAGUCCUGGGCUCCGAUGUGCGGGAGGACAAGUGCCGAGUGUGUGGUGGUGACGGCAGUGCCUGCGAGACCAUCGAGGGCGUCUUCAGCCCAGCCUCACCUGGGGCCGGGUACGAGGAUGUCGUCUGGAUUCCCAAAGGCUCCGUCCACAUCUUCAUCCAGGAUCUGAACCUCUCUCUCAGUCACUUGGCCCUGAAAGGAGACCAGGAGUCCCUGCUGCUGGAGGGGCUGCCCGGGACCCCCCAGCCCCACCGCCUGUCCCUGGCUGGGACCACCUUUCAGCUGCGACAGGGGCCAGACCAGUUCCAGAGUCUGGAAGCCCUGGGACCCAUUAAUGCCUCUCUCAUCGUCAUGGUGCUGGCCCGGACCGAGCUGCCUGCCCUCCGCUACCGCUUCAAUGCCCCCAUUGCCCGUGACUCCCUGCCCCCGUACUCCUGGCACUAUGCGCCCUGGACCAAGUGCUCGGCCCAGUGUGCAGGCGGUAGCCAGGUGCAGGCGGUUGAGUGCCGCAACCAGUUGGACAGCUCCGCGGUCGCCCCCCACUACUGCAGUGCCCACAGCAAGCUGCCCAAGAGGCAGCGCGCCUGCAACACGGAGCCUUGCCCGCCAGACUGGGUUGUAGGGAACUGGUCGCGCUGCAGCCGCAGCUGCGAUGCGGGCGUGCGCAGCCGCUCGGUCGUGUGCCAGCGCCGCGUCUCCGCCGCGGAGGAGAAGGCGCUGGACGACAGCGCAUGCCCGCAGCCGCGCCCGCCUGUGCUGGAGGCCUGCCACGGCCCCACUUGCCCUCCGGAGUGGGCGGCCCUCGAAUGGUCUGAGUGCACCCCCAGCUGCGGGCCGGGCCUCCGCCACCGCGUGGUCCUUUGCAAGAGCGCAGACCACCGUGCCACGCUGCCCCCAGCGCACUGCUCACCCGCCGCCAAGCCGCCGGCCACCAUGCGCUGCAACUUGCGCCGCUGUCCCCCGGCCCGCUGGGUGGCUGGCGAGUGGGGUGAGUGCUCUGCACAGUGCGGCGUAGGGCAGCAGCAGCGCUCUGUGCGCUGCACCAGCCACACGGGCCAGGCGUCACACGAGUGCACGGAAGCCCUGCGGCCGCCCACCACACAGCAGUGUGAAGCCAAGUGCGACAGCCCGACCCCCGGGGACGGCCCUGAAGAGUGCAAGGAUGUGAACAAGGUCGCCUACUGCCCCCUGGUGCUCAAAUUUCAGUUUUGCAGCCGAGCCUACUUCCGCCAGAUGUGCUGCAAAACCUGCCAGGGCCACUAGGGGGCGCGCGGCACCCGGAGCCACAGCUGGCGGGAUCUCUGCCUCCAGCCCGGCAGUGGGCCGGCCAGAGGGGGCCCCAGGGGGGCGGGAACUGGGAGGGAAGGGUGAGACGGAGCCGGAAGUUAUUUAUUGGGAACCCCUGCAGGGCCCUUGGCUGAGGGAUGGAGAGGGGCUGGCUGCCCCCCCAGGGCCCCUCUUCAGCAUCCCCCGCUUCCAGUUCUCGUAGAGAGACCCCCUCCAGGGUGGGUCUGGGGACGGGACAGCUGUUCACCCCAGCACCCUUUGCACCCACCCUUAGGGAGUCCCCAACACUCCCCCCCUCCUUUGAUGGGAAUAUGUACUGUGAAGAGUAGGGGUGGGGAGGGGGUCUUCCGGUGCCCUGCCCCCCAGCACUGCCCUACCCCUCCACUCCGAGCUGGGGGGAGUCUGUGUCUGCUAUGGGAGACGGGGGGGUAGCACCACCUCCCUGACACCUUUCCCUGACCUGACCAGGGGGAGGAUCCACCCGAACCUCUGCCCUGCCUGCCCCAGGGGCACCCUAACAUCCAGGCCACCCCCUCAUGGUGCUACAGACCCUGCCCUGGGGCCCACACACUCCUGCCAGGAAGCCCUACAUCAGUAAAGUUCUGUCUUGUGUAGAUUUCUACGA